UUAAUUUCUUUAUGAUGGAUAAUCCGCGUCCCCUGGCCGUCUGUGCAUCGUGGCCUUAAACUCCUCAAUUUGGGACUAUAACCUGCUUAUAAACCAAGCAAACUGAAACUCGUAUAAUUAUUUGCUACUAUACUGUCGAUUUUUGACUGGGGAAAAGGAGGGAGGGUUUGUGUGCGUAUAUAUGGAAAACUUCAAGUCAUAUUGUUUCUGUUUAUACCCUGCGAAUCAGCCUGUAGGCUUGUCACUCGUUCUAUAUUGUGCCGUGUGAACGGAUGACUCUGCUCUGUGGAAAUCAGGGAUACUGCAUCUUUAAACUAUUUUUUUUUCUGGGAUGGGCUAUAUUCAUAACGUCAUUUCUCGUUCUUUAAUUUUUUUCAUCAUUUCGUAAAUGGAACAGAUUUGCCAACACUCCACCUUUCCAAGUGUCCUCUGAGUUUUAUUCAAGUUGUUAUUGCUAUCCUCCACGAACUUUGCAUGUGAUCUAUGUGAUCUAGCACGUCUCAUUCCGAAGCCGUGCAAUUCCAGCGGACCUAAAAGCGAGGCAGAUGUGAUGAUAAUGACGGUGUUGAAAUGUGAAACAAAUAUUUUGUAACUUUCUCCGUCUUUUGCCACAUUUUCAAGUCAUUUCCAUUGCAUCAUGAUGUAUUCGCCCCUCUGCCUUACUCAGAACUGGGAGAGAGUGCAUGUUUACUCCUGUGGGCCACGCGCAUUAAAUGGGGAUGAGUUCCAUCCGUUCAUUGAGGCCCUCCUGCCGUAUGUGCGCGCCUUCGCCUACACCUGGUUCAACCUGCAGGCACGCAAGCGCAAGUACUUCAAGAAGCACGAGAAGCGGAUGACCAAGGACGAGGAGCGCGCGGUCAAGGACGAGCUGCUUGGCGAGAAGGCCGAGGUCAAGCAGAAGUGGGCGUCCCGGCUGCUGGCCAAGCUGCGCAAGGACAUUCGGCCCGAGUGCCGCGAGGACUUCGUGCUGACCAUCACGGGCAAGAAGCCGGCCUGCUGCGUGCUCUCCAACCCCGACCAGAAGGGCAAGAUGCGGAGGAUCGACUGCCUGCGGCAGGCCGACAAGGUGUGGCGGCUGGACCUGGUGAUGGUGAUCCUCUUCAAGGGCAUCCCUCUGGAGAGCACGGACGGCGAGCGGCUGGUCAAAGGCGGCCAGUGCACAAACCCCGUGCUCUGUGUCCAGCCUCACCACAUCGGCGUCUCCAUCAAGGAGCUCGACCUCUAUCUGGCCUACUUCGUCCGGGAGAGAGGUGGGUGUCGUCAUGGGGCUACCACUGCAGUGUGGGGCACGUACGUUUAAAGUUGGAAACCAGAUAACGUCCGGCAUGUGGGUCCCAUCUCAAGUGCUGCCUUGCGCAUCAAGUGCAGUGGGCCAGCGAGACAUGGCUGAUUGUCCUUCGGAAUUAGCUGUGCUCCUGACUAGCGGCUAGCUAAAGCAGUUACAGGAGCAGCUCUGUCUGGCAGUAGAAAGGCAAAGGCAAACUCAAUCGUUCUACUGAUUUUUGUCAAAAUGUGUUUACUUGCAGAGGGGUUUCAUAAAUAAAUGACCAUCUGUGCGACGGAUCGGUAAACAUGUUUAUUUGUUAGCUUACGGUUUACGUAUCCUUUAAAUGCACCCAGGUGGGGCGGUGGGGACCACAAACUAAGCACCUCAGGGGUCACGUAGCUGGAGAACGUCAUGCCUCGUUUGGGUCCUGACAUCGGUUUUUCAUUUCCAGUGCGGUCGUGUGUCCGCCCCUGUAUGCAGCUCGUCUGUUUUCCUCCCUUUCCUCCGAGGUGCUGACUUGGCUUAUGGUAAUGCCAGUCUGGGGGUGCAUUAUAAAGGCACAUCCUGCUGCAGCUCGCACACUCUGUUGAGUGACCUUUUUAAACAAGCAUUUUAUUGUCAGAGCCAGAGGCACGGAGCUCAGCAGAGUGCUGGCUUUACUUGGGAGAGAAAGAAUCGACUGGAGCCAAGCCCUGACACUGUAAAUCAUUUUAAAUGAGCAGGGUCCGGAAUGCCAACUCGUCCAGAAGCUCAGCCUGAUCCACGCCUAUCAGGACUGAUGCCUUGGCGUUCUCUCUUUGUAUAUCUUCAUUCUGUGUGUCCAUCUUCCCAGGUCC